CAGGGUCAGUUGUGAGAAGAGAGUGGCCCGGGAGAGGAGACAGAGUCUGGCUAGGUUCUCCAGGUCUGGUUGGGAUGUGGCAGUUUGGAGCCAAGGGUUCAAACCUUUCACAGCACCACCAAUGACUUUUUUCUGAUGUUUGUAUUUUUCUGAACAUGGGCCAGAACAUUGGCACAAUUGAGUUAUUCGGUUGUCUGUUUAGCAUUCUCUGUUUAUAUUUGUAUAAGUUUAUUUGCUUGUUUGUAACAUGAUCUUGCCCUCAAAUGCUGACACAUUGGAAAUUCAUUUGGUGUACAUGUUUAGGAUGCUAUUCCUUGCUUCAAGUUGAAACACUGGCUUGACUCCCAAAACUGUUCUCAAAGCUUUGUUAAUGGCUUUUGGUGUGUUGAGUGCCAUGACCCUCCUGUAUAUUCUAAGUUCCUAUAUCUCCAAUCUUCACUGUACACAGGAACACUGUCGUCGCCUUCAGCAUAACUUUGUCUCCCAUGAACCUAAUCCUGCAGAGAGCUCAGUACCGGUGGUAGUGAAGGCCAAACGUCGAAGACUUCUUUCCCUAGACACAUUCAGAGGAUUUUCUCUUACCAUCAUGAUUUUUUUAUACUAUGGAGGCGGGAGUUACUGGUUCUUCGAGCAUGCUCCAUGGAACGGACUGACAGUUGCAGAUCUGCUCAUGCCAUGGUUUGUUUUCAUCAUUGGCACAUCAGUAGCUCUGGCUCUCCACGCAAUGAUGAAAAGAGGAGUGAGCCGCAUCCAGCUCUUACGUAAAUUGACCUGGAGGACCGUGAUCUUACUAGUGAUAGGGUUUUGCUUUCUUAACUAUGGACCAGCAGACGGACCAUUAUCAUGGAGCUGGGCAAGGAUUCCAGGUGUUCUGCAGCGUCUCGGAUUUACUUACUUCGUUUUGGCUUUGAUGGAGACCUGCUUUGGUGUAAAGGACCUUGACAAAUAUCAGUUUGGUAACUGGUGGGCUGCAGUCAGAGACAUCAUUCUCUACUGGCCAGAGUGGGUCAUUGUGGUGAUCCUGGAAAUCCUGUGGCUCUGCCUAACAUUCCUGCUGCCUGUACCUGGAUGCCCCACAGGUUACCUGGGCCCUGGGGGGAUAGGAGAUGAUGGAGAAUACCCUAACUGCACUGGCGGUGCAGCAGGGUACAUUGAUAAGUGGCUGCUUGGAGAAGACCACAUCUACCACUACCCUACGUGUAAGGAGCUGUACAAAACCACUCAGCCUUUUGAUCCGGAAGGCAUUUUGGGUACAAUCAACUCCAUUGUGAUGGCUUUCUUCGGACUUCAGGCGGGGAAGAUUAUCCUAACAUACCGUCAGCAACCACUGAGUAUUUUAAAGAGAUUUCUCAUCUGGGCUAUUUUGCUGGGGAUUAUCUCUGCCAUCCUAUCCAAAUGUACACAAAAUGAAGGAUUCAUUCCCAUCAAUAAAAAUCUCUGGUCUUUGUCCUUUGUCACUACACUGAGCUGCUUCGCUUUUGUCUUGCUGGGAAUCAUGUUCUAUGUUGUUGAUGUGAAAAACUGGUGGGGAGGCCAGCCUUUCAUUUUUCCAGGAAUGAAUUCAAUCUUCAUCUACGUUGGAGUCAUGCUUCUGGGCAGUUACUUCCCUUUCACUUGGGAAAUGAAAGUUCCAACCUCCCAUGCAGAGCUCCUCUUUCAGGAUCUGUUCGGCACAUCGCUCUGGGUAUUUAUCGCUUAUCUCCUCUACAGAAAGAAGGUGUUCUUUAAAAUAUGACUGUGCUGGAUGUAGGCCAACACUGCAAUUUUUUAUCCCCAUGUAAUGCAAUUAUGGUAAUUGACAAGAUUUGAUCUCAAAAUUUGAGGAGCACUGUAGACAUUACAAGAGACAUAGAGCUGUUGCCACUCUGUGUCUCUUCUCCCUCUCUUUUUUGUAACACGACACAUGAUGCAACAUCAUCAUGUUGUGCAUCUCUCUGCCCUGUCUCCUAGUGAUAUGCAGUGAGAGCAAAUUUUGCUUGUUUUAGACAUUACAAGGAAGUUAAGAAGGAGAACCAUGGAGCCAUAGCAGCUCUUUGUCUCUUAAUUAAUCUCUUAGCAAGGAAUCCAGCCUCAGCUUAUAGGGUAUUGAAGAGCAAGUUUGAGAAGAAAAUAUACUGGCAAAGCAGUAUCACAUGAGCACACCCAUUGUGUUUUGGUGCAGUAGCUAUUCUGUAGAAACAUUACAUUGGAAUUUGUUUUGAAUAUAUCUUGCAUCUCAGAAGAGAUGCAACAGCAUGUUACCCAGUGGGGAAUUCUUUUUACUGUAUUACAGAAUAUUAUCAUGCUACAAUUUUAACUGCCCUGAUGAUCCAGUGGUUUAAGAGCCUUUCAGGGACUUGCUCUUGAGUUGUGAUAUUAUGGCUAGGAAAAAAUAAGCAGCAUUGUCAGACUCUAAAGGAAUACGGUAUACAGCUCUGCAAAUAUGGCAUAAAUAUAAGCAAGACCUACUUGCUUCAUCUGUUUUCCUGGCCCAGGUUUUGAAUGUCCAGGAAUCUCAAGAACUUUAGUACUUAAGUCAGAACAAUUUUACUAUCUGUAUAGACUUUAUACAAGAUACAAUUUUUUUACAUUACAUUAUACUUGAUACAAUUUUGUCAUUUGUAUAGCUGAUCAAAACGUUCCAAAUGAUCAACUUCCAUUAUUUCAGUACUUUCAGCUUAGACAUUAUUUUCAGGAGGCUUUUAGGAUGCAUGAUAUCUAUAGACCCUUGACAUCUUUUUGAAAAGAGAUUAAUUUCUAAAAACCAUAAAAAGCUUUUGUCCAAGGUCUAUAAAAUAUUAAUGGAAAUAGAUGGCUUAACCUCUAGUGUCAGAGAAAAAUAGGAGAGAGGGUCAAUAUUACAAGCAAACAAUGGAGAUCUCUCUGUACAAAAUCUGUUAAAUAUUUUUUGGAAACUAGUUCAAGAGAACAUUUGUUUAAUUGUGCUACAGAUGAUAUUGUGUUCUAGUUAAGCUGCAAAGAAUGCAUGGUCAGAUAUCUGGGUUGUGCUGGAGAUGUAUUGCUGCUGGUAUGUUCUGUCAUAUCUGGUGGGAGUGCUCAUAUGUCAAAGAAUACUUGAUGUGUUAAAAUAAUUAAUUAUGAUGUUGCUCUAGACCCUUGUGUUGUGCUUUUGGGAUAAUUAAUAGAAACUGAAAAUAAUGAAUACACAAAAUAUUGGUCUCCAAUGUGACUGUGACUAGGAUAUUACUGUUUAAAAGCUUGGAAGCAGAAUCAGCUACCAUCAGUUGACCUAUGGGAACAUCAGACUUGGAGUACCAUGUUAUAAAUAUUUUUGGGAAGGGAAGAUCCAUAAUAAAGACAAAUUCUAUCAGAACUGAAAUCUUUAUCUUAAUUACUAGAAUCAGGCUAUGCCCAUGGAAAAUGUCCAGCAUGAGAUUUUGUCAUGGAUUUAAACUGUCUGCUUUUGAAGUUUGAUUUACUGUCUUUUAUGUAUUGAAUGUGUGACAAUAUGAUCUGUGACUUAUAUGCCUAAACAGUUAUGAAAAACAAACAAACAAAUGCUUGGAUGGUUCUAAAAGUUCGUUCUGCAUUUUUCUUUUAAUCACGAGUGACAAAUCUAUUGGUUCAAGGAUAGAAAAUAAACAAGUUGUUCUAAUAAGAA